GUAUUUCCUUCUUUAUUGCGGCUCACUGUUCCCUCCUUCAGAAUAAUGACUCCAGGAGUGAGAGAGACAUUCGUCUACAGCUGCAGACUAGAGAGAGAGAGAGAGAGAGAGAGAGAGAGAGAGAGAGAGAGAGAGAGAGAGAGAGAGAGAGAGAGAGAGAGAGAGAGAGAGAGAGAGAGACACACACACACUAGUCAACAACUGAGAAAUUGAGAGAGAGUGAGGGAGAGAGACUACUAGUGGCACAGCUGCAGAGAGAGAGGAAAGCGUGGGAGAUAGAGAGACACCCGUCUACAGCUGAGAGAGGGAGAGGGCGAGUGAGGUAGUGAGUGAGGGAGGGAGGGAGGUAGAGAGAGAGGCGUGGAGCGAUACACACCGUCAGAGUAGAGGGGGACCAACAGAGGACAGGAGCUGCAGAGCAACCCCGCGAGCAGAGAGAGAGGCAGAUGAACACAACACAACACUCUCCUUUUGAAUGAACGUUUGAGUUCAGCGCUAGAGAACAACAAGGACACAUCCCAGAGACUCACAGGAUAAACUUCAGUCCUCCCCGAAGCAUCGUCUCCUCGCCACGCUCUUCCUCCUUCCCUUCCCCUUUAUCAUCCUCAUCUUCCCUCCCUGUCAUCAUCGUCACCGUCAUCAUCGUCACCUGUAUUCACUACCUUGUCUGUUUUUUAAAAGGCGAGGGAUUCGCUUGGUCGCCCUCCUCUCUGUCCCUCUCCUGCACCUGGGGGGGUCCUAGGCAGGCUUAGCAGGGUGUCGGUGCUAGCGAGGUACCCUGGUACUCACUGGUCGUAGAACGAGCGGAGGACGUGGUGGUGUUUGGAGUUCAGGGGAGACACAGAGUGGACCAUCCCAGGAGAGGAGAGCCGAGCGGAGGCAUGAACGCCAGAAGAGUCGCUCCCGGGGGGUUGGCUGUGUCCGGACCCCCGCCUGGGUCUGUGAGGAAGAGCCGGAUAGGAGGAAGAGGAGGAGGAGGAGAAGGAGUAUUGCGGGCUGAGAAGAUGCUGGUGCUGGAGCUGCUUCUGCUGCUGGUGGUGGGGGUCCCGUCGGGGGGGCGAGGUGCAGAGGCCUGCCCGGCCCCCUGCAGCUGUGACGGGGCCACGGUGGACUGUCACGCCCUGGGUCUCCAGGCCGUCCCCAAGAACAUCCCCAGAGGAACCGAGAGACUAGAUCUGAAUGGAAACAACCUGACAGUCAUCACCAAGACCGACCUGUCUGGACUCAAACAUCUGCGCGUGCUUCACCUGAUGGAGAACCAGAUCAGUAAUGUCGAAAGAGGAGCCUUUGAUGACCUGAAAGAGCUGGAGAGACUGUAGGAACACACACACACACACACACACACACACACACACACACACACACACACACACACACACACACACACACGUCACACACACACACACACACACACACACACACACACACACACACACACACACACACACACACACACACACACACACACACACACACACACACACACACACACACAA